AUGGUUUCUGCUGGCCACUCGCCGACCGACGAUGCCACGGGCCAUACUCUCCACCAUGCCCUCGGCAACCUCGGCGGUCCACGCAAGAGCUGGAUGUUGCCUUCCAAUACCUCCGUUGAGCCCUCGGCACUUCCCGCACAACCCUCCGCCAGUCCUCUGCCAUUCACGGUGCGUGGCCAUGGCAGGCCUCGUAAAAUACCCUCUCAGAGGCACCCUUCUUUGCACCCCGUAGACCCGUCCGCCCAGUCGCCGUACACCGCCCAGCCAGAGCAGCACCCGGCUUCCAACUAUGCUGCAUCUCCCCAGCUAGCCAAUGCCCUGGCUCCUAGACCUUCCAUUGCUUCUGUGCGUACUUCGCCAAUUCCCUGUGAAGAUGCCGCAACCAGCGCGGCAACGGCAGCGGCGGCAGCGGUCGCGGUAGCGGUAGCAACAGCAUCACCAACCACGUAUAGUCCAGCAGCCAAUGUGUCCACCUUCACCUUCAACUCUGACGGAUCAGCCUAUGCGCCGGAAACAUCCCUAGAGCACGUAUAUAUGGACUCGGUGCAGCGUGGGCGCGCCUCACACGGCUCAAUAGAUGGGCAUCCCCGUCAGAUAUUCCCUCCGCCCCAACCUACAAACCCCCAGCCGUCAGUCAGACGAUGCAUGACAAACGUGCCGCCCCAUGUUGCCGCAGAUGUUGCAACCCCAGAUCUGCCACGUCGCCCAUCAUUAAACACGUAUCCGCAGACCAACAGUCCAAUACAAAGACAGGCUCACACUCACAGUCCUUCCAGCUUGACGCACACACCCGGCCAAGUGCCGUCUCCACAUGUGCCCACAGGCGUACAAUUCCACCACCCAGCCGAGCGCAGGACAAUGGCUCUACCACAAACGUUUCCUGAAAGCUCGCCUACCUCCUUAAAUAUGACAUUCACAAUGUCGUCGUGGUACACAGCCAACAGCUGUUUGGACACACUAAGCGCAUUCCAGGCGUCAACACCUGCAUUGACCAGCAACUCUCGUGACAAACUGCGAUUGGGUGUAUUACGAGAUGCAACUGAGAAGCAAGACUGGUUCUAUUUGACUAUGCACCAGUGCUACUGCAUGCUCACCACUGCUCCCGAGACUCUACCUGAUACUAUAAAAAAUCUCCCGGGCUUGCCUCAGGCCAAAAAGAUACUGCAGGACAUUCUUGAACCCAACCACAUUCUGAGUCCUGGCGUCCUGUACUUUUUCACAAAUUACCCGUAUCCUAUGCGGCAAAUCUAUGACACGUGGCCCUCGGGGUUUAAUUACCAGGUGCAUUUGUUCCGCAUGUUUGUAGCACAUUGCCUUAACUACGAAUAUCUAAAGAGUACAUGCGAUCAGCGUCGUUAUCCGCCACUCGCACGCGAACUUGACACAACUCUCUGUAUCCCUUCACCCAUGUUCCAGCGCCUCAUUUUCACUGCUUUUCUACGCUACCUCUGGCACGCCAACCAAAAAAAUCCCCUCGCGACUGAAUUCGAGGUCAGGGCUGUUGCUGUUUUUCAGCAAAAUCAGAUCGAUUAUUUCCGCCAAAAACUUGAAUCGACUCCUGUCAGGUCUCAAGAGGCACUGGCUGCGGAACAAGUCUGUGCUUCCAAAAUCCGAGCGGCUGUCGAAGGCUAUGAAAACGCCCUUCGCCAAGGGGGUGUUCCAUCAAUGUCUCUCUACCAGUCGCACCAACAGCAGCAGCAAAGACAGAGCAGUACUGCGAGGCAGCUCAAUGCCACCAGUGUCGCAAGUCCAUACCCUCAGCAGUCUGCUAUUCAUCAAGUAUACGAACAGAAUUAUACUCCGUCUCUGCCAAUCAAUACAAAUCUACAACCUCAGCCAGCACCAACACCAACAUCAGCUCAAAUCCAGACGAAGCUGCCCGCGAGCUUGCUUCCACCAUCUGGGCGCGUACAGCCUCAACAGCGCGUGGCCAAUCCCGCUAGAUUCUCUCUCCACCAGGCCCAUCUGCGAAGCCCCGUCCUCAAAGCGCAUUGCGUCCCAUCGCCACUAUAUAUAUUCCAAGAAGGAUAUGUCAAAUCUCCUGCGCGAUUGUCAGAACCAGGUUGUACAAUGGAAAAGUGGGUUUUUGUAGUAACACCUGAUCAGAUGAGCUCGUUCCCUAGGACUGUCCGCCAAUCAGUUGCCGACCCCGGUGUCCGGAAUAUCAAGGAGAAUAACAAGAUCGCUCGUUUGCGUUGCAUCAAAUGGAAAAAGGGAACAGAUACACCAAAGGAGCAUGUCUGGGCAACCACCGACACAUCCUGGAUACCGUACCUGUAUCUUAGCUUAAAUGGUACGCCUCUCGAAGUACGGAAAAAGAUGCAUCACGGUAAGGACCUAGCCGUCGAUGUUACCGACCUGCUUCGCGAGGGUGAGAACGUUCUCGCAAUGACCAUCAUGACCCAACUAAGCGACACAUCGCACUUGGACUACCUCCUCGCUAUUGAAGCCAUGACUAUCAUCUCUCACGACUCCAUCAAAUUAAACUGCACAACCAAAGACCGCGUCUCUGCUCAGACCAUCCUCGAAUCCAUCAAACAGAAACUCUCAGGCCCCAUCUCCUCCUCAGCCGCCGCCACCGACGACGACGACGAUCUCCACGUCGUCCAAAGCAACAUGACCGUCAACCUCCGCGAACCCUUUGGCCAGUCAAAACUCUGCGACACGCCGGUCCGCAGCAAAUUCUGUCAUCACCACGAUUGCUUCGACCUCGACAUCUUUUUGCGCUCCCGACCCCGAAAGGGCGAUGCAUCCGUCGUGGAUCACUGGAAAUGUCCCAUUUGCGGCACCGACGCGAGACCGAAUGUACUGGUACACGAUGGCUUUAUCGAGUGCGUGAACAUGGCGCUUGAAGCAAGGGGAUUAAGCGAGACGAGGCAGAUUAUCGUGCUGCAGGAUGGCAAGUGGAGGGUUAAAGAUGAGGCCGAGGGUGGCGCGGUGCAACGGCGUGAGUCUGAAGAGCGUGAGGCUUCUACGCCUAAUACUACUGUUGCCCUCCCGUGGUCGUCCGUAUCGAGGUUGUCGAGUGUAUCUAUACCUCCUGAUGCCGAAAUUAUCGAUCUUAGUGAUUAA